AUGAGGUCGCGCUUCUGCCUGCAGGUCACCGCAGGUGCCUUUGCUGUCAGCGUCUACAUCGCAACUUGUGAGCACAUUUCUGAAGGCCAACCGGCCUUCCCCAUAGGCUUUACCUGUAUUGAAUUCAACAGUGACUACUCCGGCGAGGAACUUGCGCGUUUCCCAGCGUCGACGCCGCAGGCUUGCCGCGAGCGAUGCUCUCAGGAAUCAGAGUGUACCUUUAUCACACAUAACGUACUGUCUUCUAUUUGUGUGCUGCGAAAGGGGCCACCCUAUGUUGGGAAGCAACACAGGGUAAACGUCGCCUCAGCUCCCAAAGAAUGCCUCAAAUGCCCAGAAAACGAUGUUGCAUACAAGGGUGAGUCCCUCGGCUCCAGUCAAGCCAGGUCUGCGUCACACUGUCAAGCCCUCUGUGUAGAAGACGAAAGCUGCUCAUACUUCACGUUUGACAUUUUAACUUGGGAUUGCCACAUGUUCAAAAAGGGGGCCAUCGAGUUCCCGGAAAUGAACAAGAUCUCAGGCAGACGGGACUGCUCUGUUGAUAAGUUGGCAAUUGAUCCAGCACCGUCUUGUGCAGUCAGGCAUGUGGCCUACACCGGGAGCGUAUUGGAAACGGCAUCAGCAGAGGACGCUGUUGCCUGCCAGAUGCUCUGCCAGCAACGCUCUUCUUGCGAGGCCUUUGUCUUCGAUACUGCCAGCGGAACGUGCAGCCUGCACUUAGCUUUGGCAGAGGCAACGAAGACAUCAAGUACAACUGCUAUUUCUGGCCCUAGGGAAUGCGCUCCGAAAUGCAUGCUGACCGGGAAGAGCUACAGGACCAGCGAAGAGCUCCUCACGGUCGAACAAGGCCUCGACACAGCCGAAGAGUGCCAACUAAGGUGUCAAAGUACAACUAACUGCGGAGCCUGGAGCUUUGCAUCCGCUUCUCGAAAGUGUGACCUGUUUGAGAAUGCUAGUGAGGAACGGGAAGAAGAGGGCAUUACAAGCGGCCCCAAGUACUGCCCUGGCGCGUGCGACACCAUCGGAUUCCACUCGCCCGCACUAGAAAAGACCUGGUAUUCGAAGGAAACUUUGGAGCUAGAGGCCUGCCGCGAGGCCUGCAGGGCUGAGCCGAAAUGUGUGAUUUUCACGUGGUGGGGAAACGAUAGGUGUUUCUUGAAGGAAGACUCCUGCUUGACCAACCUGGAACCCCAAGCAGACACUGUACGGACAGGAUGGGGCACCUGCUCUUCCUGCUUUCGUCAAGGCAAGGGAUACAGUGUGGCAGCUAGCGUUUUGCUGUGGUCGCUAGACACGCAGAAUGCAGAAGAGUGCAGGCAGCGCUGCGCCUUUAUGGAAGAAUGCAGCCGCUUCACUUACGACACAGCAACAAAGGUGUGCAGUUUUCUGAGAGGGGAGGCAGGGGACGAAGAGGGGGAUACGCUGAUUUCGGGGCCAGCAAACUGCGUGGAAGAUACCUCUUGCAUCCUGAGGAAUAUUAUGUGGCAGAACAACAGCAACUUUGUGAUAACAACGAACGACCCCAGCGACGCGGAAGGCUGCCUCGCAUUAUGCCAGAAAACACCAAAAUGCAACUUUUGGACCUUCAAUAAGGACCGUCUGCAGUGCAAUCUCAAGACAGGCAACGAGAGCCCUAAAAUCCUUCCUGCUACCUCUGCCAGCUUCGAUUCAGGGCCCAAGCGAUGCAUGAAGACCUCAGGCCUGUGCCUCGAACUCAAUAUAGACUAUCACGGCGGAGAUAUUUACAAAACAGCGCAGAAACCUGGCGGUGAACCAGCCUGUAGAGAGGAUUGCUACCACGAACCCCAAUGCAGGGCAUACACCUAUAAGUCUGGCAAUGGCAACUGCUGGCUGAAGACCAUUACUGGUUUUACGGGGAGGAGAGAAGAACAAAAUGCGAUGUCGGGCUCUAAGAUUGGAUGCCCCAAGUGCCAACGUGCUGGGAUGGCCUACGUAGGAACACUUAUCAAGCAGUUAAAGCUUCCGAAUCAUGCUAUAUGUCAACUCGCUUGCGAAGCAGAAGACAAAUGCGAAUUCUUUACUUUUGAUACCGAAUGCAAGCUGUAUCCAUCCGCGGUUACAGUCAAGACCGCAUCAUAUUCCGUAGUGUCCGGCCCCAAACGCUGCUAA